UAAAAUUGUUAUUUUAAAAUAUCAGCAUAGCCAACACGCUCUAAGACAGACUUUUAAAAUCAAGAAACAAACCCCUUCAAACUCCUCUUCUUACAUCAUCAUCUCCCCAAACAAAACACUGUAAAAUUUCCAUUUUUAAAAUGAAAAAAACAUAAAAUCAACUAGCAAAAUCGAAAUCCCCAUUUUCAAUUUUCCCAUUGAUCCCAUUUUCUCUCUCUUCUCUUUUCCCAUCUUCUUCUCUCUAUCUCGGGAAAAUUCCUUUGAAAACCCUAGCAAUGGCGACCACGGUAGAGGGAGAAGAUAGGGUUCUCGCUACAGCUCAACACAUAGUAAAAAGUCUUAGAACCUCCAAAGAUGUCACUGAUGAUAUGCUUCUCAUCCUCUCCACCUUCGACAACCGACUCUCCAAUAUCUCCGACCUUAUUGGCGGCGGUGGUGCUUCCGUGGCUGGUAGUUCAUCUGCUACCGCUACGAAUUCCAUAUCCCCUGAGAUCUCCCGCCUUGAUUAUGCCGAAAAAGUCAUCCUCCGUCAUGAAAACCCGUUCAACGAUUCUCCAGACGAUUGCUGUGAGUUUCUCGCCGCCGUAGAUGAGGUUUUGGAAUUGUUUGCGGAUCUCAAGGUUCAGGAAAACCCUAGUUUCAUGGAUCGCGCUGAAUCGGCGGUUCAAUCGGCGAUGUCGAAGCUUGAAGACGAGCUUCGGAGGGUUCUAUCGCGGAGCGCCGUUCCGUUAGACGCCGAUAGGAUGUACGGGUCGAUUCGUCGGGUUUCGCUGUCGUUCACCUCGCACGACGGUGAUAUAAUUGAUGAGGAGUUCGGGAAUUUCAAUCACCCCUUCCAUGAAAGAGGGGGGAGUUUGGCAGGGGAUGUAUCGGUUGAUUUGAUUCAUCCGGACGUGAUUUCAGACCUUCGUGAGAUCGCUGAUCGCAUGAUUCGAGCAGGGUAUGAGAAAGAAUGUUACCAGGUUUAUAGCAGUGUAAGGAGGGAUGCAUUAGAGGAACAUUUAGGGGUUUUAGGAGUUGAAAGGUUGAGUAUUGAGGAAGUUCAGAGGAUUGAGUGGACUGCUUUAGAUGAGAAGAUGAAGAAAUGGGUUCAAGCUGUUAAGAUCUUUGUUAGGGUUCUUCUUACAGGGGAGAAGCAUCUUUGUGAGUUGAUCUUUGACGGGUCUGAAUCCGAAUUGAUUAAGGAGGUUUGUUUUGUGGAGACUGCCAAAGGGUGUGUAUUGCAGUUGUUGAAUUUCGGUGAGGCUGUGGCGAUAGGAAAGAGAUCCCCUGAGAAGUUGUUUAGAAUACUGGAUAUGUAUGAGGCUUUGGAGGAUACAUUGCGGUAUUUGAGGGCCUUGUUUUGUGAUGAAUCAGGGGAGUUUGUCUGUGCCGAAGCUAGGGGGGUUUUGGAUGGAUUGGGUGAGGCAGCUAGGGGAACGUUUAUUGAGUUUGAGAGUGCUAUAAAGGGUGAAGUUUCAAGAAAGUUAGUUCAUGGAGGAGAGAUUCACCCGCUAGCCCGAUAUGUGAUGAAUUAUGUAAAGUUACUAGUUGAUUAUAGUGUUACCUUGAAUAAACUUUUGGAACAUGAUGUAAAAGAUGAAGAAGAAGAGGCAAGUCCUUCACAAGGUAGGUCUGAUGGGGAUGAAGUUAGGGAAAUGUCGCCUCUUGGGCAUCGUUUGACAUCUCUUAUAAGCUCGUUGGAAUCAAACCUAGAGGAGAAGGCAAAGUUCUAUGAUGAUAGUGCAAUGCAGUAUAUUUUCCUAUUGAAUAAUAAACUUUACAUCUUGCAGAAGGUGAAAGAUUCAGAGCUUGGCAAUCUCUUGGGAGAUGAUUGGGUAAAGAGGCGUCGUGGUAUCAUUCGAAAAUAUGCAACAAAUUACCUCAGAGCAUCUUGGAGCAAGGUUUUGGCUUGUUUGAGGGAUGAAGGAAUUGGGAGUGGAUCAAGCAGUGCCUUCAAGAUGGCACUAAAAGAAAGGUUUAAGAAUUUUAAUGCUUGUUUCGAAGAUAUUUACAGAAGUCAGACUGCUUGGAAGGUACCAGAUCCUCAACUUAGAACCGAACUUCGAAUAUCUAUAUCCGAGAAAGUUAUACCUGCAUACCGUUCGUUUUUGGGGAGGUUUGGUCCCCAAUUAGAGAGCACAAGACAUUCUUGGAAAUACAUAAAAUACACAGCUGAGGAUUUAGAUGGCUAUUUGUCUGAUUUGUUUGAAGGAACGCCUGCAGUUCUCAACCUUACGAGACGCAAAUCUUCAUAGAGCUCUCACCUGUAUAGUAGGUAAUGCCCUUUUUUCUCAACUAAGGGCUUGUUGGAUCCCCUUUGUAUCCUGUUGGAUCAGGCUUGAUAACAUGCUUUUUCUUUCCUUUUUACUUGGUUUCUGUUAAUGUUAUAAAACUAUGAUCACUAGUUUUUUCCCAGUGGAAUAUGGCUGUUGCACGACAUAAUGUAAUCAUAUUGUAAAUUUGAUAUGGAUUUCUCAUGUUUGCUAUGUCAUACUUCAUGUUUCAUCACUGAAAUGCUCAAAUACCGUUAGUUUA